AUGGAUGUCAUGGUAGGCGUCUGGGUUUGCCUGGCAGCUGCAAGAACAGUUGUAGGCCUUGGAAUGGACCCUAGCUUACAAAUUGAUAUUAUCAAAGAACUGGAUCUUGUCAAUAUGACUAUCGGAGUUACACAAGUGUCUGGACUACAUAAUACCAGCAAAGCAUUUCUAUUUCAAGCUGUAGAUAGAGAAAUCCAUGCAGCGUCCCAUACAAACGAUAAGUUAAUUCAGCUCUUCCGGAACAAAAGUGAAUUCACAUUUCUGACCACCCUACAGCAGCAGGCAUCAACAUCUGGAGUUAUUCUGUCCAUACGAGAGUUGGAGCACAGUUACUUUGAACUGGAAAGCAGUGGCCUGAGAGAUGAAAUAAGGUAUCACUACAGAUUUAAUGGAAAGACAAGAACAGAAGUAUUUCCAUAUCGGCUAGCAGAUGGACAGUGGCAUAAAAUUGCAUUGUCACUCAGCGCAUCCCACCUCUUGCUUCAUGUGGACUGCAAUAGGAUUUAUGAACGUGUGAUAGAUCGCCCAGAAACAAAUUUGACUCCAGGAAGCAAUUUGUGGCUAGGACAACGCAAUAGAAAACAUGGCUUUUUAAAGGGUGUCAUUCAAGAUGCGAAAGUCAUCUUUAUGCCUAACGGAUAUAUAACUCAGUGUCCUAAUCUGAAUCGCACCUGCCCAACCUGCAGUGACUUCUUAAGCCUGGUACAAGGAAUUAUGGAUUUACAAGAACUUCUAGCUAAAAUGACAGCAAAACUAAAUUAUGCAGAAAUGAGACUUAGUCAGUUGGAAAACUGUCACUGUGAGAAGACUUGCCAAGUAAAUGGAGUCAUCUAUCGAGACAAAGAUUCGUGGGUAGAAGAUGAUCACUGCAGGAAUUGCACAUGUAAAAAUGGAAUAGUGGAAUGCCGACGGAUGGCCUGCCCACUACUGAACUGUUCUUCUGAUGGCCUUCCAGUCCAUGUAAUUGGCCAGUGUUGCAAAGUGUGCAAAUCAAAAUGCAUCUAUGGAGAGAAAGUGUUGGCAGAAGGUCAGAAGAUUUUAAUCGAGAACUGCAGAGAAUGUCGUAAUGGGAUUUUAGUAAAAGUAACAGAGACCUGUCCUCUACUGAACUGCUCGGAAAAAGACUAUGUCCUCCCAGAGAAUCAGUGCUGCAGUGUUUGUAAAGGUCAUAAUUUUUGUGCACAAGGGCACCGAUGUGGUGAAAAUUCAGAGUGCAGAAACUGGAACACACGAGCUACUUGCGAAUGCAAAAGUGGUUAUGUCUCGGUCCAAGGGGACUCUGCCUAUUGUGAAG